AUGUCGAAUGAGGCAGGGGCAUCGAACGCGGUGAGCGCUUCGCAAAAUAUCUACGAUACUGCCGAAUUCUUUCAGGGGUAUAUCAAGCUUGAUCGACAGGUCUUGGGCCUUGAUGGUGCACCGGAAUGGCCUCAGCUGAGAGCCAUGCUGCCAAAUAUCCAAGAAUCGCAGAUACUCGACUUGGGAUGUGGUAUGGGAUGGUUCGCGCGAUGGGCCAAGCAGCAAGGGGCAGCACAUAUUCUGGGACUCGACCUAUCGCAAAACAUGCUUGAUCGAGCAGUUGAAUUGACCAACAUGGACAACAUCGAGUAUCAGCGGGCAGACCUGAAUCAACUGAAUCUCGCUCCGGGAAAGUAUGAUUUGGUUUUCAGCUCCCUGGCAUUCCACUACCUGGUGAAUCUCAAGGGGUUGUUCGCCGAGAUUCAGCAAGCACUAAAGCCUGGGGGGAAGUUGGUGUUUUCUAUUGAACACCCAAUCUUCACAGGCCCGACUCGGGGAGGAAUCAUUUCAGAUGCAGAAGGUCGAUUGAUCUGGCCCCUGGAUGCUUAUCAUAGAGAAGGACUGAGACAUCGCAAUUGGUUUGUUGACGGUGUGGAAAAACAGCAUCAUACACUUGGAACAUACAUCAACACCUUAUUUCAGUCUGGAUUUGAGUUGACCGAUUUUGUUGAAUGGUGCCCAACAGAGGAUGAUCUGAAGAAGUUUCCAGGGUGGGAAAAAGAGUUCAUUAGACCAACUUUCUUGUUGAUGGGCGCAAUCAAGAAGUGUAGCUGA